GUCAAUAUAGGGCUAUCAACAAUAAUCUAUUCCACUCUCUCUCAUCACACCUGAGCGAGCAGCGUUGGGGGGUGUCCACGCAUGCGCACCACUCUCCCUACGCACUCGCGCUCAACCGGUGUCGGGAGAAGCUCGUGCCAGUUCUACGGGUAGGUCCGUGGGAGAGGUCUGCUCUGUGGACACUGGCAAAGGAUCCGUUUCUUCUCCUGCUAUACCGAACUCUAUUCUCCUCGGUUUGACUAGGAAUAUAUCUGCGUGUGCAUGCUCCGUUUUUAACGCAGCUGGGAUGCAUGUGAUGAGCAGAAUCUCUCCAGCCAAUGAGAAAAGAGUUUCCAGGAAGUGGAUGCGGUUGAAGUUAUGUCUCUGCCCCCUGCCUCUACAAUUCCCGUCCCUGAUGGCAACAAGACAGGACCUCCUCUCCCUCCUCCUCCUCCUCCCCCCUGCGGCCCUCCUCCCCCGCCCCCUCCACCCGGUGCGGUCGACCCCAUAGGUGGGAUAAAGAAGAGGCGGGUCCGGAGUUUCUUCUGGAAACCCAUACCCGAAGACCAGGUGAAAGGGCGGUCCAACCUGUGGACACAGCUUCCUGUACAGCAGCAGCAGUACUACAUAGACGUCCAGACCAUCGAGGAGCUGUUCAGUCAGACGGACUGUCAAUCAUCUGGGGUUACCUCUGUGACUAGAGGGGGGAAGGCCCGAGGCUCCCUCAGAGAGACCAAAGAUGAGAUCAGUAUCCUGGACUGGAAGAGAGGGAUGAAUGUGGGAAUUUACCUCAAACAGUUCAAGAAGUCCAACCAGGACAUAAUAGAGGAUAUUCGCUAUGGCAACAGUCAGUCCUACGGAGCGGAGCUUCUUAAAGAGCUGCUCAAACUACUACCUGAGACCGAAGAGGUGAAGAAACUUAAAGCGUUCCGAGGCGACCCCUCUAAACUCUCAUUGGCCGAUUCCUUCAUGUUCCUGCUCACCCAAGUGCCCAGUUUUGAGGUGCGUAUCAAGGCCAUGGUACUUAGAGAAGUGUUCCCCCCAGCCUGUGAGAACAUGAGUCGCGACAUCGAUGUCCUACGAACCGCCACAAAAGAGCUCCUAGACUGUGAGGAACUUCAUGCCAUCCUACACCUGGUGCUGCAGGCCGGAAACAUCCUCAACGCUGGUGGUUAUGCUGGUAACGCUGUGGGUUUCAAGCUGUCCUCUCUCCUGUCUCUGGCUGAUACCAAGGCCAAUAAACCUGGCAUGAACCUGUUGCACUUUGUAGCUCUGGAAGCACAGAAGAAGGAUGAUAAACUUCUAGAGUUUCCUGGAAAACUUCAGCAUGUCCAGUAUGCAGCACGGAUAUCAGUGGAGAACGUGGAUGCAGAGUUCCAGUCGCUGUCGUCUCGCACACGCUCAGUGGAGGAGAGCAUCCAGGAAGAGACGGAGCUGAUGCUGCAGCUGGACCACUUCCUACAGAAAUCGACAGCAGCCCUGGCUGAGUUGCAGAGGGAGAGACAGGAGUUGAGGAGCGAAGGGAACAUUCUGAUCGACUUCUUCUGCGAAGACAGAGAGUCCUUCAGGCUGGACGAGUGUUUCAAAGUGUUCCAAGACUUCUGCCUGAAAUUCCAGAAAGCAGUCAAGGACAACCUGGAGCGUGAGCUGAAGGAGGCGUCUCAUCGUCGGAUACAGGAGCUCGGGGAGAAACGGCACUCGUGGGCGAGCGGAGAGGAGGUGGGCGGGGUCUUCGGAAUGCGCAGCAGCAGCAGCAGCGAGACGGACAUAGAGGUGGCCCUAUCCCAGGAGGAGGGGCUUAUCGAGCUUCUCAAGUCCCGCCCAUGCUCGCCGCACAGCCCCCAGAUUGCACUGGGGCGUUCCGGAAGCGUCCGCCGUUCUCGCGGCUCUGCGUCCGCCGCGGCUGACCGUCAACUGACUAGCCUGCUAACUCUGGGCAUCACCUCUGACCUUCAGGUCGUAGGGGGGUCACCGAAUCCCGGGAGGCGACUAUGGAGGGGGGCCGAGCAGCGGGAUUCCUCCCCCAUGAGGUCACCUGAAACUGGGCUGAGGAUUCCCAACGUCUCCCCUCUGACCAGACUUCAGACCCAGGGACCUGCGGGUCACACUCAACCCCAGAACCAGCACCCUCAGGUGGACUGGCCUGGUCCCCCCUCCUCUAUACCCACCUCCUUAGGACCGAGGCAUCAACCUCAACCUGGCAUCAACACAAAUCACAGCCCUCAGACAACAACCAUUGACCACGAACCUAGCACAGACCUGAACCCGACCCCUGACCCUGACAACAACAACAACCAACCCAGUGGUCUGACCGUCAACCUUCAACGACACACUCUGGUUCCUAAGCUCCGAGCGUUCGACCUCGUCUUGACCCCUCACGGUCACGACCAGGGAGAUGUCGUCACCGACACAGACCUGGAGAAGGAGAUUCCCAGAGACUCUAACCUCACGGAUACACAGGAGAAUUCCCAAGGGAGUUCUGAGGGGUGGGAACAGAGGGAGGAAGAGGUGGAUGAGAAGGGGAGGAUGGUGGCUGCAGGGAUAGUGAAUGAGGAGCCUGCUGUGGGUGAUGAGGAGGAGGAGAGGGGAGAACAGGAGGAGGAGAGGGGUGUGUCUUGGACAGAGACGUUGACUACAGAUUCUCGUACUGAUCCAUCACCGUCCACAGCUAUUACAGACCUCUCCUCACACGCACAGAGCGGUGAAAACCCCACACACGCCGACGAGGCUGAGAGUCCAUCACACCAGGUGUCCACUUCUUCUAUGGGGGAGUCCCCAGCCAAUAGCAUGCCUUCAGAAUCUCAACCCACCAAUGAGUACUCAGUGCCUGUUUCCACCACUGACCAGUCAGUGCCUGUUUCCUCCGAUGAGUCAUCGGUUCCAGCAGUGCCUACCUCCACCAAUGGGCUGCCUGCGUCAGUCACCGCUGGUGCCUCUGAUAGGUCAGCCCAGGGUAUGAAUCCCACGACCAGUCAGGUCUCUAAGCCUUCCAGACCCCCCUCUGCCACCACCACCACCAGUGGGCGAAAAACUGUCAUCCGCACCCUCAACUCCUCAGAGAACCAGGGCAUGAGGCGUGUGGUCCCUAUCUUCAAGGCCAGUCGACGUGGCUCGAUCCCGGGUAAACAGGUGGAGAAACCCCCUGGCCACCAGAGCUCUGGUCCACGGACCACCACCACCACCACCUCCUCCUCUAACCCAGCCAACCGCUCUCUUAGACGGGCAGAGAGGAGCUCCGCCACACCCCGUCGCAGUAGCCUCCAGGUCGACGACCCCAAGGCCAAGUCUGUGACCACCACGGGUGUCCACGGCAGUGCGCGAGACCAACCCCAACCUUCCGCCCUCCAGAGGAAGCCGUCCUUCCGAAAGCCUCUCCGCCCCGUCGCCCCCAGACCGCCUCCAGAGGAAAAGAUGUGCCGUUCCACCCUCCGAGCCCUCGCCGCCGCCGGUGGGGCUGUUCCAACAGCGGGGGGUGGAGGAGGUAACAGCCUCAGUGCCCCCGACCCCCUCCCACCGUGGAGGUGUCUCCAACCCCACCCCCUCCCUGGAUUUGCCCGAAACACAGCCGCUUCCUCUUUCAGACGGACCACUCUCCCCGGGAGUACCCUCGCCCCUCUAAAAACUCCCCCGUUCCUCCCCUGUCCCUCUCCCGGACCCUCACCCCUCAGCCGGGCGGGGUCGUUGAGACACCACAGGGUGGCCCCCGCGGGCCCCCCAGGCACAGACAACCCCAUCAGGAGAACACAAAGUAUCAAGGGACCCCUGCGUGCCCAUCCCCAACCCCUGCCCCCACAGACCCUCCCUGACUCGCUGGCGCAGCCUAAAGGGCAUGCUGGGAAAAACAGCAGCAGUUUCCCUGACAAGUCCACCCACCUCAGAGACUCCAGUAAAGCACUGAAACCCACCUGGAGAUAGAGGCCUAGUUCCAAUACCAACAACAUACUUCCUUUACCCCGGCCUAGUUCCAAUACUCACAACAUAUUUCCUUGCUUCCUUUUCCCCGGCCUAGUUCCAAUACUCACAACAUAUUUCCUUGCUUCCUUUUCCCCGGCCUAGUUCCAAUACCGACAACAUACUUCCUUUUCCCGGCCUAGUUCCAAUACCGACAACAUACUUCCUUUUCCCCGGUCUAGUUCCAAUACCGACAACAUACUUCCUUUACCCCUGCCUAGUUCCAAUACCGACAACAUACUUCCUUUACCCCGGCCUAGUUCCAAUACCGACAACAUACUUCCUUUACCCCGGCCUAGUUCCAAUAUGUAUCUCUUGUUCCAAUACAAACCACAUGCCACAUUACUUAUGCUAACACCUAUCUUAUGUGUUCCAGAUCUACAGGGUCGAGACUUUCCACAAAAAAAAAAAUAGAAAUAGAAUGAAAGGACUUUUUAAAAGAUGUAAUUAAAGUCUAGAUUUGUAUUUGUUUUGUGAUCGUGAUUUAUCUCUCUCUACAUAAUGUUGUCAUUGUAUGAAAGAAACCUUUUCUACAUCCCAAAUAACCCUCUAUUCACUUUAUAGUGCACUAUUUUAACCAGGGCCCAUAGGGCUCUAGGGCACUAUGUAGAGAAUAGGGCACCAUUUGGUACAGAUCCGUGAGUAAGUUUGAUUCUAGCUGUGUUUCUGUAAAGCCUGUUCCUGAAUUUGUUUUGUAUUAGCCAACUCUCCUAGUAUGAGAGCUGAUCUAGGAUCAGUUUGUGCUUCAGCCAACCUGUCCAGGGGCCUGUAGUCAUAAAGCCUCUGCUGAUCUAGAAUCAGUUUGUGCUUCAGCCAACCUGUCCAGGGGCCUGUAGUCAUAAAGCCUCUCCUGAUCUAGAAUCAGUUUGUGCUUCAGCCAACCUGUCCAGGGGCCUGUAUUUAUAAAGCCUCUGCUGAUCUAGAAUCAGUUUGUGCUUCAGCCAACCUGUCCAGGGGCCUGUAGUCAUAAAGCCUCUGCUGAUCUAGAAUCAGUUUGUGCUUCAGCCAACCUGUCCAGGGGCCUGUAUUUAUAAAGCCUCUGCUGAUCUAGAAUCAGUUUGUGCUUCAGCCAACCUGUCCAGGGGCCUGUAGUCAUAAAGCCUCUGCUGAUCUAGGAUCAGUUUGUGCUUCAGCCAACCUGUCCAGGGGCCUGUAGUCAUAAAGCCUCUGCUGAUCUAGAAUCAGUUUGUGCUUCAGCCAACCUGUCCAGGGGCCUGUAGUCAUAAAGCCUCUGCUGAUCUAGAAUCAGUUUGUGCUUCAGCCAACCUGUCCAGGGGCCUGUAUUUAUAAAGCCUCUGCUGAUCUAGAAUCAGUUUGUGCUUCAGCCAACCUGUCCAGGGGCCUGUAUUUAUAAAGCCUCUGCUGAUCUAGAAUCAGUUUGUGCUUCAGCCAACCUGUCCAGGGGCCUGUAUUUAUAAAGCCUCUGCUGAUCUAGAAUCAGUUUCCCCUUUUUGAAUAUAAUCAUCUAAUUCAUUGGCUGCAUUAAAACAGGCAGACCGAUUCGGAUAUUUUGCCCUGUGGCCACCGUGAUCUAAAAGGCUAAUCUGAUCCUAGAUCAGCAGAGGCUUUAUAAAUACAGGCCCCGGACAGGUUGGCUGAAGCACAAACUGAUUCUAGAUCAGCUCUCCUACUAGGAGAGGCUUUAUGACUACAGGCCCUGGACAGGUUGGCUGAAGCACAAACUGAUUCUAGAUCAGCAGAGGCUUUAUAAAUACAGGCCCCUGGACAGGUUGGCUGAAGCACAAACUGAUUCUAGAUCAGCAGAGGCUUUAUAAAUACAGGCCCCGGACAGGUUGGCUGAAGCACAAACUGAUUCUAGAUCAGCUCUCCUACUAGGAGAGGCUUUAUGACUACAGGCCCCCGGACAGGUUGGCUGAAGCCUAAACUGAUCCUAGAUCAGCAGAGGCUUUAUGAAUACAGGCCCCGGACAGGUUGGCUGAAGCACAAACUGAUCUGGGACCUGACUAUGUAUUGUUAUUGUAUAUUUGAUUAAUGAUACAAUGAAUAAACGUGUACAUUUCAA